AUGAUCUCCUACACCACCAGUUCAGCGGCUUCGCCCUUCACUGAAGCUGUGGUUAGCUCGAUGCGGCGACUAUAUCCAGAGGCUUUGGCAGACAAGUCCUUUGACAACACUGGACUCCUCCUCGAAGCACCCUUCGAUUCCCUUCGCCGGCAGAUGAACUCAGUCCUGCUCACCGUUGACCUCACCCAGGCUGUUGCAAGCGAAGCCAUAGAGAACAAACAUUGCUGCGUCGUCGCAUACCACCCCAUCAUAUUCCGUGGCCUCAAGUCCCUCACCCUUGCCGACUCUCAACAGUCUUCUCUACUCCGGCUAGCACUCGAGGGGAUCAGUGUGUAUUGCCCGCACACAGCAGUGGAUGCGGUUCCCGGCGGUAUGACAGAUUGGCUCUGUGAUAUUGUCACAGGGACGCCGCCAGAGAAGACGACCAGUGUCUCAAAGGCGGAGUCCAUACCUCAGGAAACAGCACAACCUCCAGAUGGAGAAAGCAACAGUCAAUCCCAGACAAAGAACCCACAACAGAACAGCGACCUGCAACCAAAAUCCGAAGACGACGUCUUCAAUGACGAUGUCGCACUGCCUCGCUCCGCAAUCAAAUCCAGCACAAAACGGCCUCACAUGAAGCGAUCCUACUCCAAACCCGUCUACCCUCAAUCCUCCUCAAACCAAAACUCAAACUCAAACAACCCGCUAACGACCUACCUCCCCCACACCCGCACAGUGCUCCACCCCUCGCCUAUGUCCUCAAUCUCCAGUAUCCCCUCCCCCUCCUCCUACUCUCAAGACAACACCGGCUUCGGCCGCCUCCUGACCUUCCCCCACACCGAACCCCAACACCUAACCCACCUAAUCGAGCGCAUCGCCUUCGGCGUCGGCACGCCCAAGGGCUUCCCCGUCGCCAUCCCUCAGGACCAACAAGUCGAGGACAUCAUGAUCCGCACCGUUGGCGUCUGUCCGGGAAGUGGGGCCGGUGUACUAAAAGACUGUGGCGCGGAUCUUAUCUUCACGGGUGAACUGGCACAUCAUGAUGCGCUCGCGGUUACGGAGCGCGGCGGGUGUGUGGUCGGCUUGUUCCAUAGUAACAGUGAACGCGGGUUCCUGCAUGCGGUUAUGCGGGGGAGGUUGGAGGGGUUGCUGAAGGAGGAAUGGGCGAGGGUUAGGGCGCAGUAUUUGGAGAGGGGGGAUAAGGAGGGGGAGGAUGGUGAUGGUGACGGUGACAGGGCGGUCGUGAAUGAGGAAUUAGAGGACGCGCUCGCGGAUGAGAGUGUCAAUGUCGAGGUGUCGAGGGUCGAUCGCGAUCCAUAUGGGAUUGUGGUGUUGGAGGGGAGUCAGGUCGAGGGCAUGAAGAUUUAA